CGCGCUGGCGCCGGGAGCCGCAUAGCGCCCCCGCCAUCGUGUCUCCUUGCUCCGCUAGUGCCUGCCCGCCGUCCGCCUGCCCUCCCGCCAUGGCCAGCGUUAAGGAACUCGAGGGGAAGUGGCGCCUGACGGAAAGCCAAGGCUUUGAGGAAUACAUGAAGGAGUUAGGCGUAGGGCUGGCUCUCAGGAAGAUGGGUGCCAUGGCCAAGCCAGACUGCAUCAUUACCUGUGACGGCAACAACAUCACUGUCAAAACCGAGAGCACCUUGAAGACGACACAGUUUUCCUGCGCCCUGGGGGAGAAGUUUGAAGAAACUACAGCAGAUGGCAGAAAAACAGAGACGGUCUGCACCUUCAAUGACGGUGCCCUGGUUCAGCACCAGAAGUGGGACGGCAAGGAGAGCACAAUCACCAGAAGAGUGAAGGACGGGAAGCUGUUGGUGGAAUGUGUCAUGAACAAUGUCACCUGUACUCGGGUCUAUGAAAAAGUGGCAUAAGGAUUCCCUCAUCCCCCUGGACAGGAGUGAGCUGCGAGAGUGAGCAUGCUCAGUUCAAUGAGCAGGUCAUAAGUAGCUGCGCUGCUUCUUUUCUUUGGUUUUUAUUUUUCAUGAUUAUGUUCAAUUAUCUUUAUCACAGACACGUUACAUGAUACCCAAGUCACAGUGUUUAGUUGCCU